UUUUCCAACACAAGAGAUUCAAUGUUUUAGUCUUGUUUCCGUUUUACUGCGAAACAAGGAUUUGCGUGUGUGUGAGUAUGUGUAUAUAUUUAUAUAUGUAUAAUAUCUAAGGUGUGCAUACAUAUGUAUGUAUAUAUACAUGGGCAUAUACACCCGUGAUGUAGUUGAAACAUACAAGUAUGUAAAUAAUAAUAAAAGAAUUAGUGUAAGACAAUUAAAUAACCUUGUUUAGGCUGGAGAGACCAAAGUGUCAAGAGGAAGCAUAAAAGAGAGGAAAAUUGAGAGCAAAAAAGGAAGAAUUACGAAGAAAAUGAGGCGAAAAUAAGCGUAGAACUUGGAAUGUAAAAUGUUAAAGACAUUUCUUUUUUAAUUGGAGAAAAGAAAAAGUGAAAAAAACUCGUCCCAGCAAUAAAGUAACAAGUUGAGAAAGUGUUGCAAUUAAUUAAUUAAUUGGUAAUUAAUUAUUUAUUGAACGAAAAGUCGGCAAAACUGGUGAAGUUUGUUUUAAAAGGAAAAUUACAUGUGAAGAAGUAAAAAAAAAAAAAAAAAUUCCCCCCCACGGAACAAACUUUUUACGUAAACAACAACAACAACAACAACGAAAGACGAUGUUGUGAAGAAGCAAUUAAAUUUGCAAGGUGCCCCAGCACUUCGUCAUCGACUUUUUACACCAGCAUAUAUACAUAUAUAUAUAUACAUAUAUAUAUGAUAUAUGUUUGAGGGUGUGUGUGUGUAUAUUUUGUGAAUAUUUUCUGAAUAUAUCGAAUGACGUUUAUUGAAUGUCGUUUGACCGUUUGAAUUUCACUGGAUUAAAUCCUCGAGCUGCAAUAUUUUAAUUAAAGUAAACAAAAACACAAGACAUGGACUUCGUGGAAGAGAUUAAUUUCGAUGAUCUCAAGUUCGAAGAGAUUGUUGGUAAAGGAGCUUUUGGUGUGGUACGCCGUGCUACGUACCACAGGAUUAAUGUGGCUGUGAAACUCAUCGAAACUGAGUCGGAGAAGAAAGCAUUCAUUACAGAAUUGAAACAAUUGUCCCGAGUUUCUCACCCAAACAUCGUUAAGCUGUAUGGAGCUUGUACAAAACAUCCGGUAUGUUUGGUGAUGGAAUAUGCAGAAGGUGGCUCCCUCUACAAUGUUCUUCACGGAGCUGGCCCGCAACCUGCAUACACUGCAGCCCAUGCCAUCAGCUGGGCCCUGCAGUGUGCCAGAGGCGUGGAAUAUCUGCACAGUAUGAAACCGAAAGCUCUCAUUCAUAGAGAUCUCAAACCACCCAAUUUGCUGCUGAUAAUGGGUGGAAAAGUAUUGAAGAUUUGUGACUUUGGUACUGCUUGUGACAUUCAGACGCAUAUGACAAACAAUAAAGGGAGUGCUGCAUGGAUGGCACCUGAAGUUUUUGAAGGUUCGAACUAUAGCGAGAAAUGUGAUGUGUUCAGUUGGGGAAUCAUUUUAUGGGAAAUAUUCACACGUCGGAAACCUUUCGAUGAAAUGGGUGGACCAGCCUUUCGUAUAAUGUGGGCCGUACACCAAGGAACACGGCCUCCGUUAAUCAAAAACCUCCCUCCACCUUUAGAGAUCCUUAUGACAAGUCUACUGCAGGACGAGGGCCUCAGCAUGUUAUCGCCACCAGAAAAUGGCUUGGGAUCAUACUGAUUUAAUGAGUCUACU